AUGGUGGCACUGUCGCUGAAGAUAUGCGUGCGCCAGUGUAACGUGGUGAAGACCAUGCAGUUUGAGCCGUCCACGCCCGUCUACGACGCCUGUCGCAUCAUCCGCGAGAGAGUUCCCGAGGCUCAGACCGGACAAGCGUCGGAUUACGGCCUGUUCCUGUCAGAUGAUGAUCCAAGAAAAGGGAUCUGGCUGGAAUCUGGACGGACGCUGGAUUACUACAUGCUCCGGAAUGGGGAUGUCUUGGAGUACAAGAAGAAACAGAGACCCCAGAAGAUCAAAAUGCUGGACGGGGCCAUUAAAACCAUUAUGGUGGAUGACUCAAAAACUGUGGGGGAACUACUCGUCACCAUAUGCAGUAGGAUAGGUAUCACCAAUUAUGAGGAGUAUUCGCUAAUCCAGGAGCAGGUGGAGGAGAAAAAGGAGGAUGGGACAGGGACGUUGAAAAAGGACAGGACCCUGCUCCGAGACGAGAGGAAAAUGGAGAAACUCAAGGCCAAACUUCACACAGACGAUGACUUAAACUGGCUGGAUCACAGCCGUACGUUUCGGGAGCAGGGUGUGGAGGAGAGUGAGAUGCUUUUACUCAGGAGAAAGUUCUUCUACUCAGACCAGAACGUGGACUCACGAGACCCGGUGCAGCUCAACUUACUCUACGUUCAGGCCAGGGAUGACAUUCUGAAUGGCUCCCACCCUGUGUCCUUCGACAAGGCCUGUGAGUUCGCCGGAAUUCAGGCCCAGAUCCAGUUUGGACCCCACGUCGAACACAAACACAAGCCAGGAUUCCUUGACCUGAAGGAAUUCCUGCCUAAAGAGUACAUCAAGCAGCGAGGCUCCGAGAAGAGGAUUUUUCAGGAGCACAAAAGCUGUGGUGAAAUGACAGAAAUCGAAGCGAAAGUGAAGUAUGUAAAGCUGGCUCGAUCGCUCCGAACGUACGGCGUCUCCUUCUUCCUCGUGAAGGAAAAGAUGAAGAGCAAGAACAAGCUGGUGCCACGGCUGCUGGGGAUAACCAAAGAGUCGGUGCUACGUGUGGAUGAGAAGACCAAAGACGUGAUACAGGAGUGGCCCCUGACCACGGUGAAGAGAUGGGCUGCCUCGCCGAAAAGUUUCACCCUGGACUUUGGCGAGUAUCAGGAAAGUUAUUACUCAGUCCAGACCACUGAGGGAGAGCAAAUCUCUCAGCUCAUCGCUGGGUACAUUGACAUCAUCUUAAAAAAGAAACAGAGUAAAGACCGCUUUGGGCUCGAUGGUGAUGAGGAAUCCACAAUGCUGGAGGAAUCAGUUUCACCUAAAAAAUCGACCAUUCUACAGCAGCAGUUUAACCGUGUGGGUCGUGUAGAGCAUGGUUCGGUGGCACUGCCUGGCAUCAUGCGCUCUGGGUCCAUCGGGGGCUCAGACACUUUCAACAUUGGCACUAUGCCAUCUGCCCAGCAGCAGGUCACCACAGGUCAAAUGCACAGAGGGCAUAUGCCACCACUGAGCCUAGCCCAGCAGGCUCUCAUGGGGACCAUAAACAGCAGUAUACAGGCAGUGCAGCAGGCUCAGGCUGACCUGGGAGAGGUGGACAACCUGCCGCCCCUGGGCCAGGACAUGGCAUCCAGAGUAUGGGUACAGAAUAAAGUGGAUGAAUCCAAACAUGAAAUCCAUUCCCAGGUUGACGCAAUCACUGCGGGAACGGCAUCUGUGGUCAACCUCACCGCAGGUGACCCCACAGAUACAGACUACACCGCAGUGGGCUGCGCCAUCACCACCAUCUCGUCCAACUUGACGGAGAUGUCAAAAGGAGUGAAGCUACUUGCUGCUCUAAUGGAGGAUGAAGUGGGCAGUGGACAGAACCUCAUGGGGGCGGCCAGGACACUGACCGGGGCUGUGUCUGAUCUACUCAAGGCAGUGGAACCAGCAUCUGGAGAGCCAAGACAAACGGUUCUGACUGCAGCCGGUAGUAUCGGCCAAGCCAGCGGAGACCUGCUGAGGCAGAUGGGGGAAGGAGAGACAGAUGAGAGAUUCCAGGACAUUUUGAUGAAUCUGGCCAAAGCCGUGGCCAACGCAGCUGCCAUGCUUGUCCUGAAAGCCAAGAACGUGGCGCAGGUGGCAGAGGACACAGUCCUGCAGAACCGAGUCAUCGCCGCCGCUACGCAGUGUGCCCUGUCCACAUCUCAACUUGUAGCCUGUACAAAGGUGGUGAGUCCCACCAUCAGUUCCCCAGUGUGUCAGGAGCAGCUGGUGGAGGCAGGUCGCCUGGUGGAGCGUUCGGUGGAGGGUUGUGUGAAGGCCUGUCAUUCAGCCACAAAUGAGGGCGAACUGCUGAAACAGGUUAACGCAGCGGCAGGCGUGGUUAGCCAAGCCCUGAGUGACCUGCUCCAACAUGUCCGUCAGUACGCCAGCUGUGGAGAGCCCAUCGGCCGCUACGACCAGGCCACCGACACCAUCAUGACCGUCACUGAGAGCAUCUUCACCUCCAUGGGCGACGCAGGAGAGAUGGUGCGUCAGGCCAGAGUUCUUGCCCAGGCGACCUCUGACCUCGUAAAUGCCAUGAGGUCAGAUGCAGAGGCUGAGAUCGAUGUUGACAACUCUAAGAAACUGCUGGCCGCUGCCAAGCUCCUGGCUGAUGCCACUGCCCGGAUGGUGGAGGCAGCAAAGGGGGCUGCAGCGUACCCUGAGAAUGAGGACCAGCAGCAGAGACUGAGAGAAGCAGCAGAGGGUUUGCGUGUGGCCACCAACGCUGCUGCUCAGAACGCCAUUAAAAAGAAACUGGUCAACAGACUGGAGAAUGCAGCGAAGCAGGCAGCAGCUGCGGCUACGCAGACCAUCGCAGCUGCUCAAAACGCGGCCGCUUCCAAUAAAAACACAGUCUCGCAUCAGCAACUAGUGCACAGCUGCAAGGCUGUUGCAGACCAUAUUCCUCAGCUAGUGCAGGGGAUGAGAAGUAGUCAGGCCCAGCCAGAGGACCUGAGUGCACAGCGCACACUCAUCAUCGCCAGUCAGAGUUUUCUCCAGCCCGGCAGUAAAAUGGUGGCGUCAGCAAAGUCCGCUGUUCCCACAGUUACGGAUCAAGCAGCAGCCAUGCAACUGGGCCAGUGUGCCAAGAAUUUAGCUACCAGUCUGGCUGAACUCCGCACUGCUGCUCAAAAGGCCCAUGAGGCAUGUGGUCCUCUGGAGAUUGACUCUGCUCUUAAUGCCGUCCAAACCCUAAAAAACGAACUCCAGGACGCCAAGAUGGCCGCCCUCGAAGGUCAACUGAAACCACUGCCUGGUGAAUCGCUGGAGAAGUGCGCUCAGGACCUGGGGAGUACGUCCAAGGCUGUGGGCUCAUCUAUGGCCCAGCUUCUCACCUGUGCCGCCCAGGGUAACGAACAUUAUACAGGCGUAGCUGCCAGAGAGACGGCCCAGGCUCUGAGGACCCUGGCACAGGCGGCCCGUGGCGUAGCGGCCUCCACCGUUGAGCCCCAGGCCGCCGCGGCCAUGCUGGAUUCAGCCAGUCACGUGAUGGAAGGUUCGGCCCUGCUCAUCCACGAAGCUCACCAAGCUCUACUUUUGCCCGGAGACGCCGAGAGCCAGCAGAGGCUCGCACAGGUGGCUAAGGCAGUCUCUCACUCACUGAAUAACUGUGUGAACUGUCUACCCGGGCAAAAGGAUGUUGAUAUGGCUCUUCGGAGCAUUGGGGAAUCCAGCAAGAAAUUACUCGUGGAAAAUCUGCCUCCUUGUUCCAAGUCCUUCCAGGAGGCCCAGACCGACCUGAACCACACAGCUGCGGAGCUGAAUCACUCAGCGGGGGAAGUGGUCCACUCCUCCCGCGGAACCAGCAGCCAGCUCGCUGCAGCCUCAGGCAAAUUUAGCGAGGAUUUUGACGAGUUCCUAGAUGCUGGUAUCGAGAUGGCAGGACAUACUCAGUCCAAAGAGGACCAGAUUCAGGUGAUUGGAAACCUAAAGAACAUCUCAAUGGCUUCCAGUAAGCUUCUACUGGCCGCCAAGUCCCUCUCUGUGGAUCCCAGUGCUGCCAAUGCCAAGAACCUCCUAGCGGCUGCUGCAAGGGCGGUGACAGAGAGCAUUAACCAGCUGAUCACACUGUGUACCCAGCAGGCCCCGGGACAGAAGGAGUGUGACAACGCUCUGAGAGAGCUGGAGGCAGUGAGAGGAAUGCUAGAUAACCCCAGCGAACCAGUCAGUGAACUUUCCUACUUUGACUGCAUUGAGAGUGUAAUGGAGAACUCCAAGGUCCUGGGGGAGUCCAUGGCUGGAAUUUCUCAGCAUUGUAAAACUGGUGAUGUGCCAGCAUUUGGUGAAUGUGUGGGAGUGGCGUCCAAAGCCCUGUGUGGACUGACAGAGGCGGCAGGGCAGGCAUCCUAUCUGGUGGGAGUUUCAGAUCCUAACAGUCAGUCAGGCUGUCAGGGAUUGGUCGAUCCUAUCCAGUUUGCCAGGGCCAAUCAGGCCAUUCAGAUGGCCUGUCAGAACCUGGUGGAUCCUGCCAGCAGUCCCUCUCAGGUCCUGUCUGCUGCCACGAUCGUGGCCAAGCACACAUCAGCCCUUUGCAACGCAUGUCGCCUGGCCUCCUCUAAAACAGCCAACCCCGUUGCCCGUAGACAUUUUGUACAGUCAGCCAAAGAGGUUGCCAACACCACAGCCAACCUCGUCAAAACCAUUAAGGCUUUGGAUGGGGAUUUUUCAGAUGAGAACCGAGAGAGAUGCCGUGUUGCCACAGGUCCUCUCAUACACGCUGUGGAAAAUCUGUCCACGUUUGCCUCCAACCCAGAGUUUGCUAGCAUUCCUGCACAGAUAAGCAAUGAGGGCUCGGCUGCGCAGGAGCCAAUCCUGCGCUCCGCCCGCGCCAUGCUGGACAGCUCCGCUCAGCUGCUGGAGACCGCCCGCUCUCUCAUAAUUAACCCCAAAGACCCUCCCACCUGGUCCAUCCUGGCCGGCCACUCUCGCACCGUUUCCGACUCCAUUAAGUCUCUUAUCACAGCCAUCAGGGACAAAGCCCCCGGGCAGAGAGAAUGUGACCAGUCCAUCGACAGCAUUAACAAGUGUAUCAGAGACAUCGAACAGGCUUCCCUAGCUGCCGUGGGUCAGAGUCUACCCUCCAGGGACGACAUUUCUAUGGAGGCUCUCCAGGAGCAGCUGACCUCUUCUGUACAGGAGAUCGGACACCUCAUCGAUCCCAUCUCCACUGCAGCCAGGGGAGAGGCAGCCCAGCUGGGACACAAGGUAACUCAGUUGGCCAGCUACUUUGAACCUCUCAUCGUGGCGUCUGUAGGGUUGGCGUCUAAACACCAGGACCAUCAGCAGCAGAUGAACAUUUUGGACCAGACUAAAACCCUGUCUGAGUCUGCUCUGCAGAUGCUCUACGCUGCCAAAGAGGGAGGAGGAAACCCAAAGCAGGCGGCCCAUACCCACGAUGCCAUAGCUGAAGCAGCCCAGCUGAUGAAGGAGGCGGUGGAUGACAUCAUGGUGACCCUGAACGAGGCAGCAUCAGAGGGGGGCAUGGUUGGAGGCAUGGUGGAGUCGAUUGCAGAGGCCAUGGGGCGGCUAGAUGAAGGCACGCCCCCGGAGCCUGACGGCACAUUUGUAGAUUACCAGACCACCAUGGUGAAAUUCUCUAAAGCCAUUGCCAUGACGGCACAGGAGAUGAUGACUAAGUCAGUGACUUGUCCAGAGGAGCUGGGAAGUCUGGCUUCUCAGGUGACAGUGGAUUACAGCCAGCUGGCCCAGCAAGGCCGCCUCGCAGCUGCCACUGCAGAGCCCCAGGAGGUGGGAGCCCAGAUAAAGUCUCGCGUCCAGGAGCUGGGCCACGGCUGUAUCUAUUUGGUCCAGAAGGCCGGGGUUCUCCAGAUGAGCCCCACCGACAGCUUCUCCAAGAGGGAGCUUAUCGAAUGUGCCCGCGCAGUCACUGAGAAGGUGUCCAUGGUGUUGUCGGCAUUGCAGGCGGGGAAUAAGGGCACGCAGGCCUGCAUCACGGCCGCUAGCUCCGUCUCCGGCAUCAUCGCUGAUCUGGACACCACCAUCAUGUUUGCCUCAGCAGGCACGCUCAAUGCCGAAAACGACGAAUCGUUCGCCGACCACAGAGAAAACAUUCUGAAAACGGCUAAGGCUCUUGUGGAGGACACUAAAAUGCUGGUUUCUGGGGCUGCCUCCAGCCAGGACAGACUAGCCCAGGCCGCACAGUCCUCAGCCAAGACCAUCACCCAGCUCACCGACGUGGUCAAACUGGGAGCAGCCAGCAUGGGUUCAGACGACCCAGAAACACAGGUGGUUCUCAUUAAUGCAGUUAGGGAUGUUGCCAAGGCUCUGGCUGAGCUGAUAGGUGCGACCAAGUGUGCAGCGGGAAAAGCGGCCGAUGACCCGUCUAUGUACCAGCUGAAGAGUGCUGCCAAGGUGAUGGUGACAAACGUCACGUCUCUGCUGAAGACUGUCAAGGCCGUGGAAGACGAGGCUACUCGCGGGACGAGAGCUCUGGAGGCCGCCAUCGAGUGCAUCAAACAGGAGUUAACGGUUUUCCAGUCCAAGGACGUUCCAGAAAAAUCCACCACUCCCGAGGAGUUCAUCCGCAUAAUCAAGGGCAUCACCACAGCCACGGCCAAAGCUGUCGCCGCGGGCAACUCCACCCAGCAGGAAGAUGUGAUCGCUACUGCCAACCUGAGUCGCAAAGCCAUCUCUGACAUGCUGAUGGCCUGCAAGCAAGCUGCAUACCACCAGGAGGUUGGGGAGGAUGUGAGGAACAGAGCUCUGCAGUACGGAGCAGAGUGCACCAGCGGAUAUGUCGACCUGCUGGAACAUGUCCUACAGGUACUGCAGAGGCCCACAGCGGAGCAGAAGCAGCACCUGGUGGUCUUGUCUAAAAGAGUGGCUGCCUCUGUCUCUGAACUCAUCCAGACAGCUGAGGCCAUGAAAGGCUCAGAGUGGGUGGACCCCGAGGACCCCACCGUCAUCGCCGAGACGGAGCUGCUGGGGGCUGCGGCGUCCAUCGAAGCAGCCGCCAAGAAACUGGAACAGCUUAAACCCAGAGCCAAACCCAAGCAAGCGGAUGAAUCUCUGGACUUUGAGGAGCAGAUUUUAGAGGCAGCCAAAUCCAUCGCCGCGGCAACCAGCGCUCUGGUCAAAUCUGCCUCAGCCGCUCAGAGGGAGCUAGUGACCCAAGGCAAGGUGGGUUCUAUCCCCGCCAACGCCGUGGAUGACGGCCAGUGGUCUCAAGGAUUAAUAUCAGCUGCUCGCAUGGUGGCAGCUGCAACCAGUAACCUGUGUGAGGCUGCCAACGCCUCGGUACAGGGCCACGCCAGCGAGGAGAAGCUCAUCUCUUCUGCCAAACAGGUGGCGGCAUCCACGGCGCAGCUGCUGGUCGCCUGUAAGGUCAAAGCCGACCAGGACUCGGAGGCCAUGAAGAGACUGCAGGCGGCUGGAAACGCAGUGAAGAGGGCGUCAGACAACCUGGUGAAGGCAGCGCAGAAGGCCGCCUUUGACAAGGCAGACGACGACAGCGUGGUCGUGAAGACUAAAUUUGUCGGAGGAAUCGCACAGAUCAUCGCGGCUCAGGAGGAGAUGCUGCGGAAAGAGAGAGAGCUGGAGGAGGCCCGCAAAAAACUGGCCCAGAUCAGACAGCAGCAGUACAAGUUCCUACCCAGCGAACUACGUGAAGACCAGAGCUGAACACUGACACACACACAUACACACACACAGUCAUAUGCAUAAGAACUUAACUGGACGUGACAAAAGACAAGUGGGCGGUG